GCUGCGUAUAACAAAUUAUAUUUGACGCGUUGUUUCAUUUUGGUAUGUUGGCACAAGCUUCCGGUUACCGUGAAGCUGGCACGUAUUUCUUCAGUUUUAGCGUCGCUUCUUGGUAUUUACACGAUUUUUCUUACAAAAUGGACUGGCAAUUGACAUGUAGAGUGUGUUUAGGGACCGGGGAUAUGGUGUCACUCUUUGAUUGGGACGAAAACAAUGAACAACUCAGCGAGAAAUUCACUUUCUGCUGUGGCAUUGAGGUGUCGAAAAACGAUUCUUUACCAACGCUAAUAUGUCUGAAUUGCGUGGAUCGGCUGGUGUACGCAUAUCAGUUCAAGCAGCAAUGCCUUACGUCCAACGAAACCCUGAAAGAGUGCCUCGAAGAGUUCGAGAAAAGUUCUCAAGCUGUGGCCACUGCCAACUCCUCAAAAGUUACCGAGACAGAAACAAUAACAAUAAAGCAAGAAAAUGGAUUACUCCUUCAAUAUGAAGUACCAGUAGAGCAUGAUCCUCAAGUGCAAUGGUCCAAAUCCUUACCUAAAAGCCCUGUCAGUACUGUGGUCACAAAAGCACCAGGGCCAAGAAAACGAGGACGCCCUAGGAAGUAUCCAAAUGCACAUGGACAAAUAGAUGUCUCUCCAUACCAGCGAAAAAAGCCAAAGUCUCAAAAGGAAGAGGAAUCCCUAGCGUCACUGCUGGCAUCUGGCAGUCUAGAGCUCAAACUAGAAAAAGAGGAACCGGAUGGGGAUGAAGAAGACGAACUGGGCGGUGGGGGUGAUUUCCCAGACGAUGAUCCUGAUUUUAUUCCAGAAGAGCAAGAGGAACCAAAAGAAAAGAAAAGACCAGUCAGAAAACGCGGUCGUCCUCCAGCCCUAGAAAAGCAGGAACCAGACGAUGGCGAGGACGUUCUCCUUAAGGAGACCAUUAUGGCUUUCUCCGAACCAAUUCCAGACCACCUACUUAACCCAAAGCCGAAGAAGAAAAAACAGCAGUAUAACAAAAAGAAGUAUAAUUACGAAAAAACGCAUACAUGCGAGACGUGCGGAGCGUCGUUCACAUCCAAUGCGUCCCUACAGGCUCAUAUACGGCGGCACUUGGGUAUCAAGCCAUUUGUAUGCAGCGUUUGCGGCUUCUCGGGAGUGACUCGAACGGCGCUCAGCCGGCACAUGUUGACACACACAGGCGAGCGGCCGUACAAGUGCCGCCAGUGCGAGCGCCGCUUCGGCGACUUCGGCACACGCCAGAAGCACGAAAGCGUGUGCGGAUAUUCCUGUGUGAUGAACGAAGAACUGAAACGGCACAUGUUACGGCACACCGGAGAACGGCCGUAUAAGUGUCGUAUUUGCGAUCGGCGUUUCGGCGAUUACGGCACACGUCAGAAACAUGAGAGGUUACACAUGGGGAUCCGCCCGUACCAAUGCUCGCUAUGCGGCAAGUCCUUCACGUACUCUUACGUACUGUCGAAUCACAUGUUGACACAUACCGGGGAGAAGAAAUAUUCAUGUACACCAUGCAACAAGAAAUUCACCAAAGCGCACCACCUGAAGUACCACAACAAGGUGCACCACAAGGAGCUCUAUAUUCAGCAGCAGUUAGAUGCUGAAGCCAAGAAGAUUCGACAGCAAAUGAAUGUUUCCGGUCUCACCGGGGUUCUUUCUGGGCAGAUUGUCGAUGGAAAAUUGCAGCUGUUGCAAGCGCCCUCUGAAGUUAAACUGACUCCGCGGCCGAACGUUUACCAUACGGACUGCCACGCCGAAGUCCCGCGGAGACGGUUGCUCGCGGCCGUCGCAAACCGCGCGGGACGCGGUCACCCGCGCGCUUGGCGGGCGUCGCCCGCGCACUCUGUCGAUUUGCGGGCGACGUUAGUGUGA